UUUCUUCGGGCAAUUGCCUUUUAGUGCCACGGUCCUCCCCCUCCUCCCCUUUGUGCUCAGGCUUUGGAAAGCUGCUCGAGCCCAGCUCGCCUCUGCCUGUCACCGUCUUCAGAGAGCAGUGAUGGCACUGACUGAGCAGGGAGAAUAUACCUAUACAUACAAAGACCUCUCUCAUCCUAUAGAGUUUUUGGAUGCAUUCAGGAUGUUCUAUCUUGAAGGGUUAUUCACUGAUAUUACCCUUCAGUGUGCACCAGGUGUGCUGUUCCAUUGCCAUAAAGCUGUACUAGCUGCUUGUAGCAACUAUUUCAAAGCCAUGUUUACCUCUGACAUGAAAGAAAAGUCAAAGGAUCAGAUUCAUCUUUCUUUGUUCAGUCCUACAAUACUGGAAUCCCUGGUGAUGUACACAUACACAUCAGAGAUCCAGAUAACAAAGCAAAAUGUUCAAAGCCUCCUUCAAGCUGCCGAUCAUCUUCAGUUUACUUCUGUCAAAAAAGCCUGUGAGCAGUUUCUAAUCAGGCAUUUAGACCUUGACAACUGUUUAGGGAUGCACUCCUUUGCAGAAUACCAUGUCUGUUCAGAGCUAGAGAAGGAAUCCAGAAGGAUAUUGUUGUCCAGAUUUGAAGAAGUGUGGAGACAGGAAGAAUUUCUACAGAUCAGCAACAAGAAACUCCAGUUCAUCCUCUCCAGAAAGAAUCUUGAUAUAUGGAAAGAAGAGGCAAUGAUAGAGCCCAUUGUCAAGUGGAUUGCCUAUGAUGUGGACAGCAGGAUUGAGUACAUUUAUGAUCUGUUGAGGUGUCUUGAAACUGAUUUAGAUGAAAUGUAUUUGAAAUCAGCCCUCAGCCUGUACAAGAAAUGCCAGUUAAAGGAAAAUAAGAUCAGAUCUCUAAUACGCAGUGUGUUGGGUCCCAAGCCAAAAGCAGUUACAACAAGAUCUACCACUAUUAUGUAUGUGAUCGGAGGCUAUUACUGGCACCCUUUGUCUGAGGUGCAUAUAUGGGAUCCAGUAACCAAUGUUUGGGUCCAGGGAACAGAUAUGCCAGAUCACACAAGAGAAAGCUAUGCAGUCACAAGCCUGGGACCCAACAUUUAUGUGACUGGAGGUUAUAGAACAGACAAUAUAGAAGCCCUUGAUUUAAUGUGGAUAUACAACUGUGAAGCUGAUGAGUGGACUGAAGGCUGCCCCAUGCUUAAUGCAAAAUACUACCACUGUGCAGUUACCUUAAGUGGCUGUAUCUAUACUCUGGGAGGUUAUCGAAAAGGGGCUCCAGCUGAAGAAGCAGAAUUCUAUGAUCCUUUAAAAAAGAAAUGGAUCCCAAUUGCAAACAUGAUUAAAGGGGUUGGAAAUGCCACUGCCUGCGUCCUGAAUGAAGUCAUUUAUGUCACUGGAGGCCAUUAUGGUUAUCGGGGAAGCUGCACUUAUGAUAAAAUUCAAAAGUAUCACUCUGAUAUUAAUGAAUGGAACAUAAUCACCACCAGUCCAUAUCCAGAAUAUGGAUUGUGUUCCAUUGCACUGGAAAACAAGCUGUAUCUUGUGGGCGGUCAGACUACAAUCACAGAUUGUUAUGAUCCAGAACAAAAUGUGUGGACUCAAAAGGCUGAUAUGAUUGAAAGAAGGAUGGAGGGCAGCGCAGUCGUCGUGAAUGGAAGCAUCUAUGUAACGGGAGGCUAUUCCUCUUCCAAAGGGUCAUACCUGCAGAACAUCGAGAAAUAUGAUCCUGAGAGUAAUAAAUGGGAAAUUGUGGGGAAUCUCCCUAGUGCUAUGCGUUCCCAUGGCUGUGUAUGUGUAUACACUGUGUAUGAUGAAGAAAAUACUAUUUCUGGGGCAGGAACUAGAAGAAGAUAACCCACCACAUAUAACAAGAAUUUGCCUACAGAAAAAAAACAGUGUCCUUCAGCAGCUUAGCUGUUACAGGUUUGUUAUUAGAAGAUAAUUGAACAUUAUAGUUCAGUUUAGUGAAUGUUGCUAAUUCACUCUGCUUUAUAAGAGACCCAUAGAUUACAAUUAGAUUCAGAAACUGCUGAGUGUUAUCAUGGGUGAGAAAGAGCUGCUGUUGCUUUUUUUCGCAGCUCAGUACCUUUUUGCAGACGCACAGCCUUUCACAACCUGGUGCCCUCUAGGUGCAAUGGACCACAACGUCCAUAGUCCCCGCUCUCUGGCUGUUGGUACUUAAAGUGCAUCACACCAGGAUGGCAUCAGUUUAGGAAUGGCUAGUCUACCCAAAUUAACUGCUUGAUUUCAAAUCAGAACAAUAACAUUUAUAUAAUUCUUAUAACUUUUUCUCCAAGAAAUACAUAUGUAAUUGCCCCAUUGAGUUAUAUUAAGUCUUUCGAAGUUCUGAUGGUACAAGAUAUGUGGCUAUCUGCUGAACCAGAUAUGGAUUGAUUUAUGACCUGUGAUUACUGUAUAUACCAGCGUUAAAGGAGAACAGGACGGGGAAUAUCCAGUGGGGGGCUGGCCACUUUUGUCGCUUCAAAUAUAGAUGUGAAGAUAAACAAGCUGCUCCCCUGUGAACAUUUUGCCCUAUCCUGCCUUUUAAACUUAAGGGAGAUCUCUAAUGUAGUUAUAAAUGUCUACUUGCCCUCCAUUAGUAAUCAAACUAAAUCCCAGACAAUAUAGAUUUUACCGGGUAUCUUACUGAGGUUUCUAAAUGCUUGCGCUAUUUUAGGAGGAGACCUUAAUGAUAGGGUGGGGCCAAAUUAUUUGAACCUUUUUACACCAAAUAAUUUAGCCCCUCCUGAGGAAAUAGGAAAUGAGUUUCUUCUUAAAUGUUAUUUUAAGGAUACCAAAUUCAUUUGGAAAGGCCUAUGACUGGUCCAAAUGGUAAGUUAGAUAUGGGAAUCUUGAAUGGUUCCACAAGGAGUGACCAUCUAGGGGAACCCACAUAUUGUUCCAGGUGCAGUUCUAGCACCUUAGACUAUAUGAUCAUAUUGAAUAAAUUUGGCCACUGCAACCUUCUGAAUAAUAAUUCAGGUCUAGGGCAAUCUAGGUCAAUAUCAGGCUCCAUGUGCCAGCAAAAACAUGGGAACUGUUUUUUUCUACCUCAUUUUGCAGCUAUAACACCUUUGGUCCUAUUAACAGACCUUACUCAGCUCCUAAGAUGGCCUCCUGUUACAGCUCAGAAGGCGAAAAGGCUGAUAGGACAGUUGAAGAAUGGCAGAGCUGUAGAAAUGGUAAAAAAUAACGCUGACUGGUGGGACCCAAUUUUGGCUGCUCUCUUCACAUUUAUCAGCUACUCUAGGCAGUUUCCAGAAAACUGGAAUCUGGCUGUGAUUGUUCCAGUCUAUGAGAAAAGCCCAAAAUCUGAUUUGGCUAACUAUUACCCAUUAACCUCCUAAGUAUAAUUGGGAAGCUCUAUGCAAGACACCUAUGUGAUAAAUUCAGGGAUUGAUUAGAUAAUGAGGAAAUCAUUGCAGAUGAAUAGGCAGGGUUUAGAGGAUUCUGCAGUUGACUAGUGCCUGAUUUUACAGUAUGUGAUUGCCAAACACACAAGAUGACCAAAGGGAGCCCUUUAUGGCACAUCAGUGGAUUUUAAGUCAGGGUUUGAUGCUGUAAAUAAGGAUAAUAUUUGGCAAAAACUUAAGGCCUCUUCAAUAGAGGGUUGCCUCUUUUAUCAGAAGCCUUUAUCAUAGGAAUUGGAUGCAGGUAAGAUGUAGUCCUCAGGACAUUUGACUUAAAAGAUACCAGUUCAACACAGAAUAAGACAGGUUGUAUUUCGGUCCCAUUUUUUAAAAAUUCAAUUCUCUAAUUUCAGUUUUACAUGAAGCUGACUUCCAUUGCCCAAAGAUACCUUGCAAACCCAUCCCAGCCCUGCUAUAUGCAUGAUUCUUUCUUUGACUGAAAUAGGCUUACACAGAGCUCUUAGAAGGUGUUUGCUAUUCUGCCAGGAGGAAAACCUCUUCCAAAGUGAUUAUAAGAAAUAUAAUUGGCCAAUUAAUGGGCAACAAUUCGAGCAGACCAAACUUUACAAAUAUUUAGGAAUUGUCUUUCAAUAUAAUGGCUCUUGGAGAUACCAUCUAACCUAUAUUUAUUUAUUUUAUUUAUGAUUUCAGUUUGUAUAGCUGCCCAGCUCAAAUACAGGACUCUGUGCAACUUACAAUUAAAAGCAAUACAAAAUACAAUAUAAAACAUGUAAAAACCAUAUAAAACUAUAAAAAUCAUAUAACAUAAUCCACAGCCAAAGCAUAAAACAGCCAACACUUAGCAUAACCUCUGUACAGGCUCUGUUGCACACCUGGAUCCCCAACCUGGUGGCAAAGCCACAUCUUUAAGGCCUUACAAAAGGCCAAUAGGGCUGGGGCCAAUCUGAUCUCAUGAUAUAGCACAUGAAACCCAAAAGGGCACAAUGCUCCUUAACUUUUGCUUUAGUACGGGUAGUAGUUAUAUUGCAGCAGCUGUUAAAGUAUUUAAGAGAAAAGUAAUCCCCAGCUCUUAUAUGGGAUGCAACUCUACAACCCCAAAGUUUAUUAUCCUUUGGAACUAAUCCAAACUCAGUUCUUAAAUGCUAUUUUGGGAGCCCCUAGGGGUACCCACAAUGUUGCAUUAAGCAUAGAACUGGGAUUGGUAACAAUGGAGCCUCAGGUUUGGUUAGCGAAAAUUACAUACAUUACAUACUACCUCUAAUUGAAAUAACAGUCUGGGUUUAUCCUUCUGAUUCUCCAAGUUGGUUAGCAAGGAAAAUGGUUAAACAGCACCUAUGGGACACUGCUGUCCAGACUGAUAGACUUAUAAAACAGUCAUUAAUCAUUGGCAAUUUAGAGAAUCCCUAUAAUUUGGUAAACUGCCUAUAUAGUUACUCAGGCCAAACUGAGGAGGGCAUUCACACUAGUGUGUUUUGAUGUGAUACCCUUAGUAGUUUACAGGACCGAUACACAGGCCUUCCUUUCUAAGAACGGCUUUCUCCACGUGAUCUGAAGAGAUGGAAUCAGUUGGUCAUGUCCUAAGUACUGCCAAUAUUACAGCAGAUUUAGCACGUUGAUUCUUGUACAUUAUCCAGGCAGAUCUGCUUCCUUUUAUGUUUCUUUGCUACUGGCUUAUACAAACCAUGAAAUAAUACUUCAGGUUGCAAAAUGUUGCUAUCUUGCUUACUACACAAGAAGAUGUUAGGGUUUUAAUUUGUACUAAUGGUGUUUAUUUAAUUUGUAUUUUGUACAGAAUUGUAUUAUUUUU